AUCCAUACUACUGAUAUCCAUGGUAACUUUGUCUGUUGCCAUCUUCUGACAUGAACACUAAAGGACAUAUAGCUAACUUGUACUUUGGCAUCCAAUUGAAUCCAGGAUGGAUCGAGGUUAGCAAGAAGAGUAGGAGCCAUACUGUAAAUACUGAGGCGUUGAUAAUCGACAACUAUAUCCUCCCAUGAUCUUUUUACAGGGGCAUACACAAGAAGCUUCGUAUAACGGCGAUAUUGGAGAUUUCUAUUCGUUUGUUGUACGUAAAGGUUACGUGUUCUUCUUGAGGAAAAAAAAUCAGCAAAGAGAAAGUAACGAGCGACUGAUGGUUUAUUAGAUGCGAAUGAAAGAAAAGGCACGAUCGUUGAAAAAGGAUCUUUUUGUAGUGGACACAGGCGACACACAUGAUGGCAACGGUCUUAGUGAUGUCACUAGUCCCCACGGCAAAAUUACCCAGCCUAUGUUAGCUCAUGUUCCAUAUGACUUGCUCACCAUCGGAAAUCACGAACUUUAUACCAAUGAUGUGAUAGAGGAUGUGUACUAUAACUUUAUGCCGAAUUGGCGUGGGCGUUAUCUCGCAUCGAAUGUAUAUUUCAAAGAUGUGCAUAGUGGCAAAACUGUCCCCUUCGGUGACAAGUAUACGUAUUUCGAAGGCGAAUUUGGCACACGCGUACUAGCAUUUGGCUUCUUGUUCGAUUUUCAAAAUAACGACAAUACUUCAGUCAUCCAAACUGCAGAGGAUGAAAUAGAAAAGCCUUGGUUCACUGAAGCUCUCACGUCUCAUACACCCGAUAUGAUAGUAUUGAUAGGCCACACAGGUAUCAGAUCUAAGGAGUUCACGGUUGUGCAAAAAGCAAUUCGGGAACAUUUCCCAGUUAUCCCUAUCGCUGUUCUGGGUGGUCACAAGCAUGUUCGCGAUUUUGCCAUAUACGAUGGGCGUUCAGCUGGCAUCGCAUCAGGAAGAUUCAUGGAAACGAUUGGAUUUUUCUCGAUACAAGACAUCCAGCCGUCAACAAGACUGAUUGAACAGAAGGAAGAGGGUACCAUGCAAUCGCCAGCAAAUCUUACAUUUUUUAGGCGGUACCUUGAUCAAAACCGUGCCACAUACCUUUUCCACACUCUUCUUCAUGAUACGGAUAAGGAGGAUGGCAAAGAAACAAGCCGAUUCGACACCGUGAUGGGCAAAAGCAUCUCAAAAAAUAUUACAGAAUGGAGAGCUAAGCUUGACCUGAUGAAUACGCUCGGUUGUGCUCCACAGAACUACUACCGUACAGACGUUCCUGCCAAUGAUUCCGCGAGCAUAUUCAAAUUGACUGUGGAUGAGGUGUUGCCCAAAGUAGUUACAAACUCGGCAAGAACCAACGCGCCUUACUACAUUUUUGAUACGGGUACACUGCGAUACGACAUCUUCAAGGGAGCUUUUACAAUGGAUAAUGUAAAUCAAGUAUCGCCCUUCACGGACCGAUAUGGUUUCAUUGCGGAUAUUCCCCGAGAAACAGCACUUAAAAUAGUGCAACUGGCGAAUGAUGCAACAUUUGAUCCCGGUAAUGCAAAAAGGUCUUAUGAUGCUGAUGUAUGGACGUGCGAUGACAGUGGAUUUCGGGGCUAUUUGCAGCGCAGUACAGUAAUGACACCUGGCUACACAACCAAAGAUGAUCUCGGGACAGACGGUGACGACACCAAGCAUUUGCCUCGACCAAGUCACAGCCCACCUCAUUUCGUCGCCUCAAAACUACCAGACACUCCACUCGUAGACAUUGUCUUUACAGACUUUAGCUCGAGCUUUAUCCAGCAAGUAGCAAACCAAAUUGCUGGAAAGCAACUCCAGGUUGAGCCUGUGUACACCAGCGAUCCAAAUAUACGAAGCAACACCUUGUGGGUUGAAUUUGUCAAAAAGUAUUGGUCGAAAAAUUGUACAUGAAAAAGAAAGAAAACGAAAUAUACAGAUAUUAGAUAGAAGAAGAUCGUAAAGAAAUUAUUUUUUUAUGCAUCGUCAUCGUCAUCGGCUGGUGCGGGCUUCGCGGUGAAUUUGGUAGUAAUAAGUGCUUCCUUGGGUAUGGUUCCUUCACUAUUCAGAUAUGAAUAAUCAGGGCCAAUGGCAGAAUCAAUGUGUGAUAUAAAUUCAUCAAACAACGCGUUUUCUCGCUCUUCUUCGAAAAGCUUCUUGUAGAUCCAUUCAGCCUUGAAGGCGUCGAUGGUUUUCUAAAAGGCAGCCAUGCCAUUAAGGUGUUAGUAAACCGUCACCAAGCUCGAUAUCGCUAUUUGAGCGUAGUAUGGAUAUAGCAUAGCUGCUUACUCUGUAUGGUUCAAAAUCAAUUU